AUGCAAUUCCAACUUGAUGCAGAAGCAUUCAGAAAAGUUCACCCAUUGGAGUUUUAUAACAAAUUUUUACCGGAAGGCGUUAGACCUGAUGGUAGACCAUUGAACAUGAUACGAGAGACUGUUGUUUCAUCGGGAUCUUUGGGAAAUUGUGAAGGAUCAUCUCUUGUAAAGACUGGAAAUACAAGUGUUGUUUGUGGAAUUAAAGCGGAAGUAAUGAUACCAACAGAAGAUGCACCAAAAAAUGGAAAAGUUGUCAUUUCAUUUGAUUUUCCUUCUAUUUGUGCAGCCGAUGUUACUGGAAAUUGGGAAGAAAUUAAUGAAAAAAAAAGUGUAAUUCAACAGAGAUUGGCAGGAAUAUUUUAUAAUUGCAAUGUUAUGGAUCUUAGUCAAUUGUGUAUAGAAGAAGGUAAAGCUGUUUGGGUUUUAUAUGCAGAUUUAUAUUGUUUGGAAAAUGAUGGGAAUGUAUUCGAUGCAGCACUUAUUGCUUUAUUAACAGCACUGAAAAAUGUAUCACUUCCAACUUGUCAAAUAACGAAGGAUGAUGAGGCAAUUGUCACUAAUGAAAAUUCAAACAUUAAACUUCAAUUAGACCAUUAUCCAAUACCAUUGUCAUUUGGUAAUCUUUCAGAAUUUACAAUAGUAGAUCCAACAAGUGAAGAAGAAUCACUAUUGGCUUGGAAAUUAACAAUUGUUUAUAAUGAAAGAAAUGAGUUAUGUUCGUUAUUUAAACCUGGUGGAAAGUCUAUCAAACAGUCAACAUUAAAUUAUUGUUUAGAGAUGGCCAAAAAGAGAACAGGAAAAAUCAUUUCAAUGAUUGAAAAAUCUGUUUCUGUCCAAUAA